GAAAAUAAUAAAAGAGAGGGAGAGAUUAGCUGAAUAUUCAACCAUAUGUCGAACAGUUAAUACACACAAAGCACUCUCCCUCGACGACACCAAUCCUCGUCCCCGCUUCCUCCCAAACUAAUAACCAUCAAAUUCAUAGCAUAUUUUGGAAGAAAUUAUUCUAAAUUUCAAAUUUUAUUGAAUGAUUUUCAUAGUAUUAACAUGUUGAAGCUUUGGAAAUGGUACCAAAAGUGCUUGGCCGUGCACCCUGUUAAAACCCAGGUCAUCAGCUCAGGAUUCAUUUGGGGAUUUGGUGAUAUUGCUGCCCAGGCUGUUACAAAUUCAACCGUCAAGAAAUAUCACAAUCAAACUCCUGAUGAUGAUAAAGAAUUCAAGAUUAAUUGGAGACGAGUUGCUACCACAAGCUUGUUUGGAUUUGGAUUUGUUGGACCAGUCGGCCACUUCUGGUACGAAGGGCUGGAUCGUUUUAUUAGGUUGCGGCUACAGCUACGGCCAAAUUCAUUUCGGUUUGUAACUACAAAAGUAGCAGUUGAUGGUAUGCUCUUUGGGCCAUUGGAUCUACUCAUAUUCUUCACUUACAUGGGGUUUUCAACGGGGAAAAGUGCUGCUCAGGUUAAGGAAGACGUGAAAAGAGAUUUUCUCCCGGCCUUAGUCUUGGAAGGAGGCGUAUGGCCAAUUGUUCAAGUGGUCAACUUUCGAUAUGUUCCUGUGAGGUAUCAACUUCUUUAUGUCAACUUCUUCUGUUUGUUGGAUAGCUGUUUCCUUUCGUGGAUCGAUCAACAAGAAGAUGCUCCAUGGAAGCAAUGGUUCAAAUCUUUUUCUCCUUUGAAGGAACAAGAAGGACAAGGGGGAUAAUUUCUUUUCCCGAUUGUUUCCUUUUCAACUUCGGUUAAGAGUGAUCUUUCUGAGAUACAUUAAUCAGUAAAUGAAAUCUCUAGAGUGCAUGUCUGGUGCAGAAUUUUUUUUUAAGAAAAAAAAAUGAAUUUUUGUCUAUUGUAUUGUGCGUAUUAAGCAUGCCUUGAUUGCCUACGUUUAAUUUUGAAGAUGGCAAUUUCUCAAGGGAAGAUUACUUUGGCUUUUA